AUGUCUGUUACAGACUUUACAAUAACUGAUGAGAACAUAGCCUUGAAGCCCAGUAUUGAGAAGGAGAAAACAAUAAAGUAUAGUGAUUAUCUUUUGCCGCCAUAUUCUAUGACAAAAAUUCAGGCUGGGAUCUGCUUGCUGCUGGUGGAGCUAUGUGAGAGAUUCACUUUCUUUGAAGUCGUCUGCAACAUGAUUCCCUUUUGCACUGUGAAGCUUGGCUAUAGUAAUUACCAAGCAGCCAUUCUGAAUUUGUGCUUUAUUGGAACUUCAAUACUUACCCCUGUGUUUGUGGGAUGGCUUGCUGAUGUCUACCUAGGAAGAAACAAGCUGGUGUGUGUUGGUUUAUUUCUACAUUUCCUAGGCACUGCUUUAUUGUCCGUAGUUGCUUUUCCCAUGGAAGAUUUCUACCUAGGCCCUUACCAUGUGGUAAACAACCUACCAACAGAGGAGCAGAACAGGCUGUUUCAUGUGGCACUGCUGACCAUCUCCCUGGGCACAGGAGGAAUCAGAGCCAUUGUUUGUCCACUGGGUGCUUAUGGCCUCCAGGAAUGUGGCUCACAGAAGCAAAUGUCCUUUUUUAACUGGUUUCACUGGCUCAUGAACCUAACUGUGACAGCUGCGUUUCUGGGAAUUUCUUAUAUCCAGCACUCGCGACCCUGGGCCUUUGUUUUACUUAUUCCUUUUGUGUCUGCACUGAUGGCUCUGAUAAUUCUUCAUAUGAUAUACUAUAAACUGAUCUAUCAGCCCGAAAAGUAUUCCUCCCCCCUGAUAACAUUUGGAGUGUUUGUUAAUGCACUGAAAACAUGUUGCCUGAGUUGCCAUUUGGGCAGAAGUAUGACAAGCUGGUUAGACCAUGCCAAGAAGAAAAAUGGUGGCUGCUACAGUGAGCCCCAUGUAGAAGACACAAAAUUUUUCUUCACCCUUCUCCCCUUCUUCAUUUUUCAAAUCCUAUACAGAACAUGUGUUAUGCAGAUUCCUUCAGGAUAUUAUCUGCAAACCAUGAAUUCCAACCUCAAUUUGGAUGGAUUUCUUCUGCCAAUUGCAGUAAUGAAUGCCAUCAGCAUCCUGCCAUUAUUAAUUCUGGUUCCUUUUAUGGAGUGCUUCAGCACUUGCCUGUUUCCCUGGAAGAGAGAUGGACCAUUCCAGUCAGCAUGUAUUAUUGCUGGAAAUCUUUCUGCUGCGCUGUCAGUGAUGGUAGCUGGCUGCUUUGAAAUACACAGAAAGCAAUUUCCUCCAGUGGAGCAGCCUCUGUCAGCGAAAGUUCUCACUGUUUCCUCCAUGCCUGGUUUGCACCUGGUUCUUCAGUACAUUUUACUUGGUGUGGCUGAAACCCUGGUAAACCCAGCCUCCUCUGUAAUAGCAUACAGUUUUGCUCCACGCACCAUCAGAGGAACGUCUAUGAAUUUUCUGACACUGUUCAAUGGAUUUGGUUGUUAUACAGGGGCACUGCUGGUGAAGUUGGUUUAUCUCAUCUCAGAAGGCAAUUGGUUUCCAAACACAUUAAACAAAGGCAAUUUAGAAAACUUCUUCUUCCUGCUGGCGUCAUUAACAUUGCUGAAUGUCCUGGGAUUCUGGAGUGUUUCACAAAGAUAUUGUAAUCUAAAUCACUUUAAUGCUCAGAACAUCAGUGGAAGUAAUCUUGAAGAAACACUUCUUCUCCAUGAAAAGUCUCUGAAAUUUUAUGGCAGUAUACAGGAAAUUUCUUCAAGUAUUGAUCUUUGGGAGACAGCCUUAUGA